AUGUUCCUGUUACUGCUCUUCUAUGCUAUUUGCAAUGUUAAUCUUGCUAAGGCCGAGAAUAAUGUCCUGCGUAUUGCAGCUUAUCAAGGUUCAUUUGACUUGAAUUGCAAUACAAGUCAAAUCUUAGAUAUUCACGAAAAGAGAAUAAUAGAAGCCAGCUUGAACAAAUCUGGUUUAAUUAUCUUUCCCGAGAUGAGCACGAUUGGUGUCGGGCAAUGUAUGAUGAGUCCAAAUUGUUAUCAAAUUUGUCAACUUUCUACAGGUUCAUAUUUCAAAUAUUUUCAAAAUUUGGCCAUUAAAUAUUCAAUUGCCAUUGCGUAUGGAUACAUUGAACAAGCGUUUGAUGGUAAAAAUAAUAAUCUUUAUAAUUCCAUCCAAUUAAUCAAUUAUUUAGGUCAAUCUAUUUUAAAUUAUCGUAAAGUACAUUUAUCCGGUGGCGACGACUGCUUUACUAGUGGAGAAAAUUUUUUUGUAGCUAGUUUGACUACUGUGAGUCAAGUUACGGUUAAAAUUGGUAUUAUGACCUGUUUUGAUGGUAUGAUGCCAGAAUCAGCAAGAAUUCUUAGUCUAUUGGGUGCUCAGUUAGUUAUUCAUCCGUCAGCCUAUGGUGCUGAUAUACGCAAUAUAAUGGGUUCAACUAUUUCUCGAGCUACGGCAAUACAAAAUGGUAUCUAUUUAGCAUUUGUAAACUGGUCGAUUAACAUGGGCGGCCCACCGUAUAACAUAAUUAAUGGUGGUUCAGCUAUCUAUGAUCCACAUGGAAACAUUCUCGCUCAAGCUCCAGCAUCAUCUAAUUCUACGGAAUUAUUAUUUGCUCGUUUAGAUCUGGAAUUAAUUGAUCAUUGUACUGACCCAUUAUCUCGGCGUGUUCCACGCUAUUAUACAGAGUUAUUACAGCCAGUCAGUUGCUGA